AUGAAGUCCAUACUUGCUCUCGCGGGCCUGGCCCUGGCUAAUAUGGCAGCUGCUGGACCUUGUAAACCCAGCGGUCCAUCGUCGGCAUCUGGUCUUGCACUUACGUCCUCCAUUCCGACCGACAUUCCCGAAACAUCCGAGGUUCCUAGUCUAACAGUUCCCCAAUCGAUAACUACAACCCAAGAAGUCGAUAUCAUCAUCACCAACGCCAUUGAUGGAGGAAGUUUCGCUGCUCGUAAUGCGAAUAAUCCCCCAAGUGGACUUACAAACUUCGGGGCAACCGGAAAUGCUGAGUUUCAUGAGGGAGGCUGCUACAAGGUUGACGGUAGUCCCGAUGAUGGCUGCGCUGCGUUGACUGCUUCUGGGAACCCAGCUGGAAAGCGAGAUACAGGAUCGUUUGCUAGUAUUUGGCAGACUCUCAGCUCGCUCAGCACUGGUUCUCAGAGUAGGUACACUGUUCAGUUCUACUACCUCGUCCUUUCUGCUGGUAGCCAAGAUUGCACCGUCACUGCUGCUCUGGGCGACAGGCAGUUCUACUCGCAAUCUCUGUCAUCUAUCGGAACAAGCGUGUCUUGGACACAUGUUCUUCAGCAGGUCGACGCUGAGUCUGCUUCCGCUACCUUUGCCAUCUCCAUGACCUGCUCUGGCAAUGGUAUUUCCGUCAUCUUGGUCGACUCAAUCUUCAUCUCCAACCAAGUCACCCCCGCCAACAUUGGCAACUUCGUCCUUGACUUUGGUCUGCCCGCCACAAACCCAGUUACGACAUCCGAGUCUCUACCAACAACCACCGAGCGAACCACCCAGCCCGCGACGUCCUCCGCUAGUCUUUCAUCCCAAGCCGACACUACACGUCCCGCUCAGCCCACCGACACAGCGUGCAAGCAAACGUGCGACCUCCGCAGCGGCUUUUCCAAUAAUCCCGCGUGGAACUGUAGAGUGUACGGCCUCUAUAGCGGCUUGACAUACCAGCUGAACAGCCAAAAUGAAGACGACGAGACACGGCCUUGGUACGAUGGCCCUGAUGACUGUGCCGAGAUCUGUAAGACACUACCUGGCUGCACGUCAGCGGGUUACAUGUUUGCGCCCAGAAAGUGCUUCUUCUCAAACAAUCUCGUCACUCAAUCCGAAGUUCGGAAUAUGAUGGAUGAUGGUAUUGAUGUUGAUUGGUAUUCCAUGGAUUGCUUCACAUGCUCUGCUUGUGAGUAG